AUGGAUCCCAACGCGCUCUACAUUGCGCUCUUCAUUCGUGAUGAUCCUCCUAAACCCAACGAUUACCACUGGGCGCUCUACCACCACAUCAACAGCGGCAUCAAGUACCAUAUCACCAACGAAGGCAACGGUUGGAUUCCCGGACAUGGUCCUGAAUCAGGCACCGGCAUCCUGAAAGCCUUCCUCCUUGUGGGACUGAUUCAGAUUGCAACCAUACCGUCCACUACCUCAGCGCAGGAGACUUUAGACCGUGUCUGCCGAAACUACGACGGACAUCUGAACGACAACGAGAACAGAACAUGCCGGACGUGGCUACUGGAUGUAUUGAGGGAUCUACAGGAGCAGAUGGGUGUGCUACAUGGAGUUGACAUCAAAUCACUAGAGAAAGAAGCGAUGGACUGGGGCAAUAAGUACGCGUUUGAGGCCUGUCGAAAUGUACAACCAAGACCAGUGGAAAAGAGCAUGUACAUGGCGUGA